GCGCCGCGUUGAGUCAACCGAGACAGCGGCGCCUCUGGUCUGCUGCUGCGGGACAGACGAGCCGACAUCGCGGCUGGGACGAGCUCACGUUGCCGUGACACUUGGACCGGAGCGUGGCGUUGUGUGUGUUUUUUUGGGUCACUUUUUUUUUUACUUGGCUAUUUGCAAAAAGCUUGCUUUAAGCAGGCCAGUCACCGAUGCUCUCCUUGAGCCACCCUCCCAUCGAUGUCGAUCUAACUCGCUGCAAGCUCGCGUUAGCUCGCUGCUGCUCCCCGUCAGACCCCGAAGCGGCCACAUAAAGAUGCGGAUCAUCGAGGCGGAGACCCCGGGGACAGCUCUACCGUUAGACUCUUUGUGGAGGACGAGAGUUUUCGACUAGCCGCCGAUUGGACUCUGCAAAAUAUGUAGAGAAGGGGGAAAGAGCGACGGAACUCCAGGACCAGAUCGCCCGUUGAACUCGUUUGCCCCUCGGACAGAUUGUCGAGGACCAUGCUGACUAUUCUAGCUGCUGGGUCUGUGUUCUUUCCAGGCCUUUUCCUUCUGUCCAAACAAUGCCUACGGUCGAUCCCGGCUCUGAGAUGGAGCGAAGGAGAUGCAGUCAUUGUAUCCGCCAGGUUGGUUUCAUCCAUUCAGGCAGUCAUGGCUUCUUCAGCUGGCUACAUCAUUGCUUCUUCCUGCGAGGACAUCCUGGAGGACCAGCAUUGGCUGACGAGCUCUUACAUCAUGUUCGCUGUUCCCUACUUCGUGUAUGACAUCUACGCGAUGUUCAUGUGCUACUGGUACAAGCUCCGGGUCAAAGGGCACGAGGAGGCCUCGGCAGCGCCUCAGCACAUGCGCAAAGCGCUGGUCAGCUACUUGCGCCGCGAGUUCCUCAUGGUGCUGCACCAUGUUGUCAUGGUCACCGCCUGCUUCCCCGUCUCUGUGUUUUGGCGACAAGGGAAGGGAGAUUAUUUCCAGGGCGUUCUGUUCAUGGCGGAGCUCAGCACUCCAUGGGUCUGCUUAGGAAAAAUACUCAUCCAGUACAAACAGCAACACACUCUCCUGCACAAAGUGAACGGGGCUCUUAUGCUGGUCACUUUUUUCAUCUGUCGAGUCCUCCUCUUCCCUUACCUCUACUACGCCUAUGGAAGGUACGCGUCGAUUCCCUUCCACCUGGUGCCCCUGUCGGUGCCCUGGCACUGUAACCUCGGCGCCGCUCUGCUCAUGGCGCCCCAGCUCUAUUGGUUCUCCCUGAUUUGCAGGGGCGCCGUGCGACUGUUCACGGGCUCCUCCCGCUCGCAGAGACCGGGCGCCGCCAAGGAGAGGCAGGACGCGCCGCCACAGCCGGCCAACGGCUACAGCACAUGCGCCUCAGAGCCGGAGCUGGCCACUCACUGAGAAGAGAAGGGGGGGGGGGGGAAUGUACCAAUGAGUAUGUAAAGGAAAGAAAGCUGUGAGGGGAGAAGUGAGACUUGAACCAAGUAGCAAUAUGAAGAGCGCUCCAGACGACGGCCUCAAGCUGCUGCUGAACUGUUUCUGGCUCCUCACAGAAAUGAUUUGGUUCGCCGGCCUUGGAGCACUUCAGCAUCUCAGAUUGUAGGAAGCGAGCGGCGUGCUAACGCACUCGGUGUUUAAAGAUGUCAUCUGGCACUGUGGCGGAUCGGAACGCGCACUGACCCCCCGAGAGGAAUUUGCCUGGAUGUAUAGCAAGCAUAGGUGGCUAUUUCCCUCAUGUAGAUCAGAUCCAGUCCUCUGCCUCACGGUGGAGGAAGAGGAGGCACAUAGGAAUGUAUUUUAUUGUAUGUUAGUACAUUUGCUGUAGACAGAAGGCCUAUUUCAGUUUAGUAAUGAAGAAGACCUUCAAAAAAGAAAAAAAUCCCGGCGAAGCAGUAUUUUGACUUGUGAGUGUUUAAUCUCUGUAUCUUCUAUGUAGUCACUGUCACUCUAACAACAUGUAACCAACCUGCAGGCUGACUCAUCUGUAGAAGGGAGAUCAUCUCAUAAGACUGUAUUCUGCUGCCUUAUCCCGUUUCCCCCAUUCUCUGCCGUUUUCUUUAGGUUUUUGUUUUUUUUUUGUAAUCCUCCGAGAAGAAGGAAGAGGCUCCGUCGGACAGAACAUUUCUACGGGUGUACAGAACCGAUGUGAAGAUGUCCUUAUUUCCACUUCAGUAUUAGGCCAAUGUCGGGUUUUUAUUUAAUUUUGAGUAUUUCUUAGGUUUUGUCUCAAUUCACCAUCUGGUGUUUCUACAGAUGUUUUUGAACAAUGACACUUCAGCAUUCACACAAACCAUUUCACUGAUUGCCCCCACAGGUUCUGGCAGUGCUUCUUGUUUCAGUAGAGAUAUCACUUCAUUCCAUUUACUGGUAUCACAAAGUGUUUUUAGCAUACAAGGAGGUGAUGCACAGUAGCAGUCACUUUACAUUUAGAGUUUUUUAAAGUUUUUUUUAGAUUGGUGCAAUAUAAAUCUUAAAAUAUACAUUUUAUUGGCUGGAAUAUUUCCAUAAGGGAUCUAUAAUAAUUGAGCAUGUGUAGCUUUGUCAGGGGACUUUGCAAUUUUGCUAUUUGAAGGGAAAUAAAAGCGCAAAAUUAUCUUGUAGGGAAGCAUUCCCUUCUGAUGGACAUGCAGCAUAUCGGUCCAUAUUUGGCAACUCGAUUUAAUGUUCCUCGUUUACAUUUUAACCAUUAUUUAGUGAAUGAAUUGUUUCAAGCAAUUCUGAUUUUAUGAAAUACUUUGAUCAUUUAGCCGUUUAUUAGAGCCACUGGUUCUAUGAACCUCCGAUGAACUAACUGGCUAGUUUUAUCAUUGUGAGUUUGUUUGAAGCAGCUUCACUGUCUUAGAAAUGGGUUAAAUAAAUGAAUAAAACAAAGCUCAUGAACUAUCAAGACGGGGCAGCGUGUGCCAAAACAUCUGGACGGCUGGGCGUGAGGAGCAGAACAUCCAUUCCCGGUCCAUGAACUCCGGUCCUGCUUCUUGACAAAGACAAACAUUUCAACUGACGUACUGUAUAUUCCACAAAUUGCUCGUUAUUUAUUUGUAUUUAUUUGGUUUGUGGUUUUGAAUGCAUAUUUAUGCAUACAUAUACUAUAUGCUUCUGAGCCUUAUGUGAAGGCUGUAUUGUUACUCCAACUUAGCUAAAAUAUACUUCUUUGUCCUCA